UUUUUUUUUGGUAUAAAGAGAAAAGAAAAUUUAAAGAUAAAAUUUGUGAUGGAUAUGUUUAUGAUAAAGGUUUGUUUGACUAUUACUCUUUUGGGUUCGGCGGCGUGUUCCGUAGAAGAUGAAGGAAUUGGACUGAGGGAGAACAAGAUCGACACAUUUUUGGGAGACAGCAGCAGAUUCGAUGGAAUGGCGAAUGAAGAUGAUGCCGUUCCCUCGCGAAAUCCUUUGCUGAUUCAAAUGCUGAAAUCGUUCGCCGAAGAUAGGGCCUCCCAUAUGAUCAAAAAAACGGCGCCCACCGACGAAACCGAGAAAAGGGACGAAACAAAAAUGAACCAAUCCAAAUUAAACGUCAUGUUUAUUCGGUCGGACAAGCAAUCAGAUGAUAAGAACACACCAUUCAUUCCGGACAAAGCUGAGGAUCUAAAUCUUUCCUCGUCGGACCCGGACAAUUAUACUGAUCCAAAGUCUAUUGAUCCUAUCGGAGUGAAAAAUAUUAUCAAAAUGGUUGAUGAGAGCGAUUCGAUGAUCCACAAGAAUGUAUUAACCGACACUGCACCAGUGAUAAGCGACGGCUUGGCGAUGAACGCGAAAAGGAUCGGUAAAGAGAUCCGGAAAAACGUCAUGGGUGACGAAGAAGUCAUCGAUGAUAACGAUUCUCUCGAUGACAAAAGAAAAUAUAGGAAAGAUGGUCCCGAAAAUGGAAUGACGGUAGAUUACCUGACAGCUUUUGUAAAACUAUUUGGCGAGAGAGUCUUCCGCGAUUUCAUGGAAAAAAAUUAUAAUAGAAGGCCCACCAAUAAGGGUACGAGGGUGCCUACUAUUCCUUACAAGAAUGAAGGUUCGGACAAAGAUAGUCUUUACUAUUACGAGGAUUAUCCCACCACAAAGAAACCAGCUGUUAGAAUGGAUUCCUUCUUCAGCUACGACAAAAUGGAUGACGCGGUCGAUGUACCCAGGAAGUACAACCUAGCUCGGAUGCGACCACCGACAAAUAAGUUCGAUAUUAAAUUACCUUUCGAGACGUUCCCAAAGAAUUCGAAAAAAACGCCCGAUAUAGUUUAUACAUAUUACGACAAUUCGCCAGCGGACUUUGAUAGGGACUUUUUCGACAACAACGUCAAUGUCGCAGAUAGGACAUCCUUCCGGAAUAAAUAUCCAGAUUCUAUGGGGGGCUAUAUAAAAUCUCCAUCUUACAUCGACAGAGCAAUUCUCCCAAAUGACUACCCCCUGCCGAUAUUCAAGCCAAAGUCAGCUAUAAAUCCACAAUUCCAGCCACGACCAACUACUGGUGGGAAUAGGAGAAUCCCCUACUCCCUCUUUUCAUCUUUCCAUGAUCCACCCAUCUUUAAGCCUUCCGCUCACCCUGAAUCAAUUAUAUACUAUGAUGACGAUUACGAUGAUAUGCCUAAUGAUAUAGGAUAUCAGCAACCAAUGCCAGUUCCUUAUCAUUCCAACAUUUAUCGUGCGCCAGAUUAUUUGAUAAACCACAUCAGUGAUAUGAUAACGAUUGAGCAGAAACCAAAGUGGGAUCUAAGAAGAGAUGACGUCACUAGUUACGCUAGGAAAAAAACAAAAAAAACUGUAAAUAGGCGCUUAGAUGGAAGACCGGCAUCUAUAAAACAAAUUUACCCGUUGCCUGCACAAGGAUCUACCCGAUCGAAGAAAUUACUUAAUAGAAAUACGAUAUUUUUGGAUAGAGAAGGAAAUUUUAUGAACGAGUACUUAAGUGACGAAGAAAAGAAUUUCCUAGAAAAAUUUUUUAAGCAAUGA